CAAACGUGAACGGACAUGAAGCACCCGCGCCAUCCGCACCAGAGCCGCCGAAACCCAAGGAACCAGAGAAGCCUCCAGCGCCAGCGCAGAGCGACAACGCGCUGAUGGGGCUGGACAUGCCGGCGGCGCCGUUCGAGCUGCGCACGUUCAAGUUCAAGGAGCUGCACAAGGCCACGCAGGGCUUUAAGGAGCCCGACAACGUGCUGGGCGAGGGCGGGUUCGGCAAGGUGUACAAGGGGUUUCUCAAGGACUGGGAGGGCAGCAAAGAUGCUUUUCCCAUCGCUGUGAAGAAGCUAAAUCCGAACAGCUUCCAGGGCCAGCAGGAAUGGCUGGCCGAAAUUCUGCUUCUGGGUCGUGUGCGCCAUCAGAACCUGGUGAAGCUCCUCGGAUACUGCGCGGAGAACGGGGAGGGUAUGCUGGUGUAUGAGUUCCUGGGCAAGGGCAGUCUUGACUACCAUCUCUUCCCUGAGCCCAAGGAGGAUGACCCUACCCCCCCCACGCCGCUGCCAUGGGAGGUGCGGCUGCGCAUUGCGCUGGAUGCUGCUGCGGGCCUGGCGUACCUGCAUGAGAACAACGUCAUUCACCGCGACUUUAAGGCUCCUAACAUCCUGCUCGAUGAUGACUGGUCUGCGAAGCUGACGGAUUUCGGGCUGGCAAAGGGAGCGGACACGGACCAAACCCACGUGACGACGCGCAUCAUGGGCACCAUGGGGUACCUCGACCCCAAGUACAUGGAAACCGGCCAGCUCACCCGCAAAUCCGACGUCUACGCCUUCGGAGUCAUGCUCCUCGAGCUCCUCACAGGGAAACGCGCCAUGGAUCAAACGCAGCAGGGCAUGCCGCCGCUCACGGCCUGGGCGCAGCAGUAUUUGAACCAGCGAAAGCCAGAUAUUGGAGCUCUCGUCGACCCGUGUCUGCUGGAUCAGUUUACCACGAAGGCGGCGCAGCGGGCGGCACAUAAGCUGGCGAUCUCGGCAAAGCAUUGUAUCGAGGAGGAUCCGAACCUGCGGCCGCUGAUGAGUGAUAUGGUGGAGACGCUUCGCCCGCUGGUGGCUGCGGCUCAGGAGCAGUCGGCUGCUGCUGCUGCCAGCGCUGGAGGGGGCGGGGAGUAG